ACUCACAAGGCCAUUUUCGAAAUUGCGAACUCACGGCUCCCAAAUUAUCUCGCUUUUGCUGUUGCAAUUCUUCUUCCUCAUUUUCCUCACUGCAAUUCCUUGAAGUCUCUGCGCUCCAUUUUUAAUUUGCUCGAAUCGACCUCUCUAAUCAAACCAAAACUAACUCUCUCUUACACAAUGUCUCUGAUCCAAUUCUCAAUCACUCCAACCACUCCUCGCUCCUCACCGUCCUUUUCAAGUUCCCAGGCGCAUCCGAUCGCAGCCGCCAUCGCCAAAGACUCAUUUACAAAUUCUUCCCCUAAACCAAGCUCCAGAAGCAGCUUCUCACGGUCUUUGAAGGUUUUCAAGAGGAACGAUUGCGCUUUCACGGUGAGGUCGAGUUUGGAUACUGUUGGUCCUACGGCGACGGUGGGUCAGGUCACUGAGGUCAACAAGGAUACCUUCUGGCCGAUCGUUAAGUCCGCCGGAGCUAAGGCUGUCGUCCUUGACAUGUACACUCAAUGGUGUGGCCCUUGUAAGGUGAUAGCUCCCAAAUUUCAAGAAUUGUCCGAGAAGUAUCUUGAUGUUGUCUUCUUGAAACUUGAUUGCAACCAAGAAAACAAGCCAUUGGCAAAGGAGCUUGGCAUAAAGGUGGUGCCUACUUUCAAGAUUCUCAAGGAUAGCAAGGUUGUAAAGGAAGUCACUGGGGCCAAAUAUGAUGAUUUAGUGGCUGCCAUAGAGGCUGUUAGAUCCAGCUGAAUCUCCUUUUUCCUGUAAUUUUAUAGUUAUAUACUUCAUGACAGAAGGAACCGAUAUCUGCCUCAAAAUAAUUAUUUGUACUUGUAUGUAUCCGUCGGACCUUUCUCUGGAGAUCUGUGGUUGGAUGAAAACGCGAGAAAUGGGAUUAUUUUCUACAACAGGGAGGAAGGAAAUAGGCCAUGAUGUCUUUCUUUUUCCUUUUUCCAAUUGUUUCCAUUUCUUUGGAGAAACCCGUUAAAAAGAAGGUGAUGAUGUAAAUGUCAAUUACGUAAUUGUGAAUCAAAUUAACUGAAUAUCAUUUCUUCUGUAUGUUUCAAACUAUUUCUUGGUUUA